CAUCACAUUCAUUUUCUGGAUGUUUUUGAGAUGUAGAGGAAGAAAUAUGUCAGACAACCUGAUGUCACAGUUUGGAGGAUCUGAGAGUAGUGCUCUGCAUCUUCAAAUAAGAACUCUCAUCAGAAAUAUAGUAAAAGCUCUCCAGCUUCAUCUGAAAUCUGUCUCCAUUCAUGAUGUGAAUGAAUGUGAAAUUGGCCUAGAACAAUGUGGUGAAGGGGCUGAGUGCUUCAAUGGACUUGGUACUUACAUAUGUCAUUGCAAAGAAGACUAUGAAGACCAUUCCCCAAAGCAGACUGGUAUCCUGUGUAUCCAUGUCCCUCCUUCAGGAGCUGGAUUUUAUUUCAAUUAUCUGGAUCUUCUCAUCAGUGCCACUGUUUUUGCCACCAUCCUCCUCAUGCUGAUAAUAAGUUUUGUGUGGCUGGCAAGCAGAACAGCCCAAAAGAAGAGGGAUUUUUGCCUUCAGGAGACAAUGUCCUUGGAGGGUUUAUCUGUAUUACCACAGACCCAAAUCAAAUCUCACUCUAAACUGAGAGAAUUCAAUAAAUAUGCCCCCUACAAUUCCUAUGAAUCCAAGCCCCAAGCCAGAGUCAUGGAUGGCUCCCUGGAACAAAUACCUUACCUAAGCAAAGACUCUCAUGUGUGUAUAGAACAGUCUGAAAGUCUCUAAUAAUGAGUUAAGGAAAAUUUAUCUAUUGUUCCUCUGGUCUCCUUUGAGUCAAGUGGAGAAAGGAGGUGACUUUUCUGUCAAUAGUUAUAGGUGACUAAUAUUCUUUUCUCCAGCACAACAAAAAAGACACUGAACAUUUUUGAGGAAAGAGGGGAAGUCUUUCCAAUGAGAAUUUCUGAUUGUAAUUCAGUUUGUCUUUCUUAUUCCUUCCUACCUGAAUUAUACUUUUUUGGCUUUAGAUUCCAGCCUCUGUGAAGGAAUUCACAUAUUUGUGUCUUAGCAUCAAGACUUUCACACUAAUUCCUGUAAUGAGCAGAAGCGCAAAACUAACGAUCUGGAAACUUUUGUGCCAUUUGACUGAAGUCUGCAGGAAACACCUAGGGUUCCAGGAAGGUCCACUAUACCUAUUUCCAAAGCUGAUGAAUGAGUCCUGUGACUUCUGAGGUUGCUCAGGUUAAAGGGAUGUUAAUUUAGCACAGUUUGGAAAUUCUUAUUUGACCAGAGUAUAUUUUUAUAUGAUGAAUUAAAAAAUAAUUCCCCAUUAGGAAUGGGGAAAGAAAAAAAAUCUUGGUAUUCAAGAAUAAUUCUCUCUUUGUAUCCACCAUCUUUUUUGUGAAGUUAAAAUUUAUGUAUUAUAUUUGUAGAAAAUUUCUUAAUUCUUAGUCUGAUUGAUUUGAUUUUUUGUUUUAAAUUCUCUGUCUCAAGAGAUAAAUUAUGUAUUUUCCAUUAAUAAGCACUGUACUAUUAGUUUUUUUGUUUGUUUUUUGUUGUUGUUGUUAUUGUUUUUUGGCUAUGGCUAUUUGUUCAGAGAAGCUGCUUUGUUUGAUAUAGUAGUUUUCUUGUAAGCUGAUGUUCAAAUAAAAUAUACUUUUUUGGUAAGAAAAAAA